ACCCAUUGUAAAAGCUGAUUGUGUGUAGUUUUAUUACAGGGCUAUAGUAUUGACAUGACUGGAUCGCUCAAGUGGAAUGCUUGCACGCUUGUUGUCUUAUAGCAAGUAAUUCUUUUGGAUGAGAAUUUAGAAAUAAUUGUUCAGAGUGCAGUGAUAAUAUAAUAACUUUAUAACAAGUGGUUUACAUGAUUUGAUAGUUGAUACUGUCACUGAGAGCUUAUUAUUGGACUUGUUGCUUGUUGACAUUAAUUAAAUGUUGAUUAACUUAAGCGGUAAAUAUAAUAUGCUUGGUGAAUCAAUGUUAUAACUAAAAACAAGGAAGUGUAAUUAUUUCUUUAGAUUGGCAUGGGAUAUACAUGAUACUAUAUGUAUUAUGAACAAGUUGCUAUAUAAAAUUCAGUUAUAUAUAAUGAAACUGUUUUUGUUGUUUAUUGAUGUGCAUCCACCCAUUUGGUACGGAUGAUGGAUUUAAAUCCAAGUCAAUACAAUGCAGGUGAUUAGCAGCCAUUAUGAGUUGAAGGAUGGCAUGGAACCAGUUUCUAUCCCUUAUCCACUUCUGUACACAUUAAGCCAGGAACCAGAACUGAUCACAUGGUCACUUCAAAGGGAGGUAAUUCUGCAGAAAACUGCAGACAGGAAAUUGGGCUUGAAACUUCAAACUUUUCAGGGUCAACAGCAGAGCUACACCAUAGUGACCAAGGUUAAGCCAGACUGUCACAUUGUGAAAGGUCAUCUAAAAGUGUUCGAAAGGGUCUUGGAAGUGAACUUUGAAGACAUAGUCCACUUGCCAAGCAAUGCUGUGCUCCCUUUCCUGGCUAGAAUUCCCGGUUGUAACAUAGUGCUGAAAGUCUCAAGUCCAUCUGGAAUUGACCAUGUGAAUGCAUUGACAGCGAACAGUGAUCCCGGUGAUCCCGGUGAUAGGCCCAUUUGUGCUGACCAGAUUGCCUUAUCAGGUGCGGAUGUUACUAAUAGCAAAAAAUCAGGUGAUAUUGGUAAUGAAUCUUUUGGAAGUGAUGUUAAUGAAGUUGAAAUUACUGAUGAUCAGAUUAGUAAUAGAUCUGUUACAUAUUCUUGGGAGAAAAGACUGCAGAAAAACUCUGAAACUCAGUUGAGGAAUGUAAGCAAGGGGAAGGAACCUGUGAAAAGAAUAAGUGAUGAUUCAGGUGUAACUGUUUUAAGUAACGUAGAGGAGAAUGAAGGAAAGACAUGUGUGACUAAUGAGGUAAAAAGGGCAGACAGUCAAGUGUCAGGAAGUAGUGGUUCGAGUAACCAGUCUGGUAAAUCAGGCUAUUCUCUGUGUAGGCCCAGAUUUAAAAAUUCCUCUCUUUCAAGGUGUGAUUGCUCAAGUAGAAACUUGGCAUUAUUUUUUACCUUGGAAAUGAUGAGGAAAAACAAGGGAGACAACAAGCAUGGUAAACAGUCCUUACUGAAAGGUGGCAAUGAAUCUGUAGAUCAUGCGGAGUUAGAACCCUUGAAGCCCAAAGUGUGCAAAUCCCCAAGAGGCACUUCACAUUGUGAACGCUUUGUCAGCAAGGAUGAGGGGUCCCUUUCCCUACCGAUCCAGCUGGACUCCGCUGUCUCCAUGGCGGACAUCAACAUAGAUGACCUUGUGACCCAGUCCUUGCCUUUACCAGGAAGCCAGCAGUGCAGCAUGGUUGGUGGCCAGGUACCGGCCGACUUGCGGGUUUGUCACAGUUGUGGGAACCAGCCCAGCGUGACGACACGAUCCAGCCCAGUGGUGACAUCAUUCUUCACUUCACAAGAAGACAUGCCUGCUGAGUACAAGGAGUUCUUACUGAAGAGCCCCCACCUUGCAAUCUGGGAUGUGAACACGCAUGUGGUGGAAAUAAAUAGAGGAGGAGCACCGGCCUUCGGCUUCCAGUACAAGGUCAAACUGGGAAAGAACAAUGAUGCUAGUGUGGAGGUGUACACCCUGGUGAAGGAAGUGGACGUGAGUGGUCCUGCCAAGGGGAAGCUGCGUGUGGGUGACUGGAUACGCUCGGUCAACGGAACUCCGAUACAGAGACCUGAAGAGCCGUUCUCUCUGAUCAGCACUGGCUCCUCUCAGGGCACUCUGAGACUGGUCAUACAGCGACCAGAGGGGUUGUCACAACAACCAAAGAACCUGCCCACACACAGGUCUGACAACUACUCGCACGUGGCCAGUUCAGCCAGCCAGCCACCGUCCCCGGCCGUUAGGGAUCAGGACCCUCUCUUACCUGGCAUCAUCGAGCCUGACCGCCCCGUGAUGAAAAUGGUUACACCCCAAAACAUUUACUUCAAUGACGUCGUCCAAAGCCCAGGCGACACGUCCAGCUCACAUCCACCGUUUCCGAGGACUGUUAAGUUUCCUAAAGUUCGAGUGUUCUUGUGCGGAACAGAGGCGGAAAAAUGUGCAAGCAUGAUACUUGGGAACUCUGAAGUUCAAUGCGAGUCAAGGGAAUCCGGGUACAGCUAUGUAGAGUUUUCCAUGACAACAGACUGCUUUGGAAAUGUUGUGGUAUCAAAAGUGUGCUCUAACCUUUACUCAGCUAAUGGCCACCAUAGUACAUGUCAUUCAAAUGGGGUGCAGUGCAAGUCGUGUGGGUUUGAUUUGAAGACUGGUAACAUGAUAAAUGUGGAAAUGCAUGUGAUAACAGACGAUCGCCUGUUCCAUCACUGCAGUAAUUACCUGUUUACUAAGUCCAGUAUGUUCAUUUUGACGUUUGAUGGGGGAAAAUUACUGGAAACCCCGCAGAUGGAGUUUUCACGUAUACAGAAUCUCGCUCACACUGUGAGGUGUUACUCUGGCGAGGAAUGUCCGCUCAUUAUGUUCGGAUUUCUCAAUAGUUCGCCAAAGAAAAAUCAAACAUUCCGGGAUGAGGUGCAAGCAUUAUUUUACACCAGCCAUUAUAAUACUCAGAUUGAGCAGUUUAACGUGUUAGGGCCUGAGCUGAUUAGCUCACACUGCAACCCAGCCAAUGGGGAUAAACUCUCUGAAUGUCGAGACGUGCAGUUGUUGUUGUGGAAGUCUGUGACAGAGACGGUGCAGCGACAACAUGUCUUGCAGCCCACCCUGCUGGUUGUGGACCACCUGUUCUCGGUCCGGAGUGAGGUGUUCAUGACUGAAGAGCGUCUCAUGAUUCUAAUCAAGACCAAGCUUCCAGACUAUCAGCUUGACGUGCAUCAGGGGGUUCUCAUUGAGCUGAACCAGUACGGCGAGAUUAUCAUUGGCAAAGCAACACCGUUCUUUCUGGCUCGGUCCUACUCAGUUGACCAGCAUGUGAUCCUCAAUCCACGAGUUCUCCUCACCCACCUCCACCACGUAACCACGGUGAUAACGGGAGACAAGAUAACAUGGAGCCGCGUUCACUCCACGGGACUCAUAUUGCAAUCAGAACUCUCGAGCAUCCUGAAGUCACAAGUGGGCGAGUCUCAGGUCGGAGUGAUAACCCAGUUUCUCGAAUGCGUCGGAAUGCUUUUCCGCAAACCAAGAAAUUCGGUCAAUAAAACAGGUCAACAGGAUUACUACAUACCGUACUUUGUACAAGUGCCAAGCUGUACAGAGUUUCCAGCCUCGGGCAAGAAGGAUCUGGAGCUCUACCUGUAUUUCAGUGACCACCAGUCAACACAGACCCUGUUUCAGCUCGCAGUGAUGCUCGCACUGGCGUCUGAUACAUCGGAGAGUUUGAGCAUCUCAGAGACCAACUCGUGCUCUGUUGUGCAUAUGGGCAUUCAUGUGACAUUAUUUCAUCAUAAGCUCGAGGAUAAAAUAAAAUUUAUCUUUCGAAGGGAAGACAAAAGUAUGAAGGUGAAACCGGGCGACCUGUACAACUGGUUGCACAGCUCUGUAUCCAAAUUGGAGGUUGACCACAACUUUGUGAUAGGCCCCUUGUGUCCCCUUGGCCCUGAUUGCCAGAAUAGCCCGAGCCCCGGAUGCCACAUCAUCGACCUGCAGGGCUGCAAGCCAGAAUACUGUGGUGAUGAGAGGGUGGACACAAGGAAAGCUGUACGCCAGUGGAAACAGGACUUGGAUAGCUUGAUCGAGUCCACAUUCAACAGUAAAACCAGUCCACGUUCAAAACCAGACAUAACAACAACAACAGUCACAUCUGCUGCAAACCAGUCUGUGCUGGGGCUUAGAUGGCCGCUCUUUUUUAAAAUUGUACAACUACUGAAGAUCAACCAAGGAUGGCAGACUUUAGCUGGAGAGAUGGGUUACACAAGCGAGGAAGUGGCCAUUCUAUCAUGCAACACAAAACAAGACCCACCCCAGGAACUUCUGCAGGAUUGGUCAAGGAAUCCAGCAAACACAGUGCAGAAACUGGUCAGCUUACUCUCUGAAAUUGACAGAAAAGACAUCAUUCAGGAAAUUCGGGAUUUCCUUGGUGAGGAGUUCAAUUUUCAGCAGGAUUCAUUGACAUUGGGUUAUUCAAGCAGCAGUUUGAAUGAUGCGCCAAGAACGAAAUCUGGAGUGAGAAAUAACCAAGUUUCAUUCGAGCAGACUGGUAGCGGUGACUGUAGAGUAUCACCCCAUUUAGGAAAAUCUAACCAGACGCCCUUGCCUAGAGUGGUGAAGGUCGAUUCAACAGAGAUGUUGCACUUCAAUAUUCCAGUCGACCCGCUGAUAAAUUGUGGCGGGGACUGGAAUCAGGGGAGAGAAGCAAAUGAAAAUGAAGAGUCUGAGCUUGUAGGAAGUGUUGGGGAGGCGGAGUUAAGCUUCAAAGGCACUCGACUACUGUCCAAUCUGAGUGGAUCAAGUGAGGAAGGGGCGGGGGCCUUGAGAAAUGUGGGCGCGACAGAUGUCUUGAAUGAGAGGACAAUAACUCCAGUUGAAACAACACAGCGCUGUGAAGCUCACAGUCAGAAAAAGGCUGCAGAAUGAAAGAAAUUAAGUGAUAAAUAUAAAUUGUGCUCAAUAAUGAAUCCGUGAUAACUUUUGUAGAAGCCUAUUAUACAUUUUUAAGAAGUUGUACAUAAAAAUGAUAUUUGAAGAAGCCAGUGUUAAAACCUUUGCAUUACCAAACAUUUAUCGCAAUUUAUUGUAUAGCAACAAAAUGUGUUUUAUCUCUUUACAAAUGAUAUUAUGGGGGAGUGUACAUAUAACAAGAACCAUAAAGGAUAAAAUCAGACUAGAACAAAAAAAGUAAGUAUAAUAAAUGUAACUUUCCUAAAUUUGAAUAAGUUAAUUUAUAACCUUUUUUGUUGUUUACAAUAAAAAAAGUAUUUAACAGAAAUAAGAAAAAAACAUGUACACAAUUGUAAAAUUAUUAAGGAUGUACGGUAUUGUUCAAAGCAUGACAUGAAUGUCAUGGUGAUUUUUUUUCUAAAAAUGUGGGACUUGAGUAUAUAUUAUUAACAACAGUUAAACAGGUUAUCUGCAUGUAUUGUCCUUUCACAGUUCUUGUAUGUACAUUCUCUUCUUAUUGUUGAGUGUUUGUUGAUGGAUAUUAACUAUAUUAAUUCAUAAAAACAGCAACACAUUAAACCAGGGUCAACUAAUAUGCAAAAGAUUAUCUGCGCCUUAUCGCAAAAUAAUGUAUAGGUUUAUAAAUGUUUCCAUUUACACACCAAAUCUUUAGUAAAACUUGGUAAAUCCAAAUGUAUUGCAUACCUUUUGUACUUUAAUAUUAGCUAUGAUGUAUUGUUCAUCAGAAUUGUAUAUAAUGCCACUUGAACAAUUUUAUUUUCAAAAUGAACCUUGUUCUAAAAAUGCUGAUUUUAUGAUAAAAAUAAGUGUAUUAAUCAGUCAUAAUCUUAAAAACAUUGUUCCGUUGGUUAUUCAAUAUACAAGCCAAUUUAUUUGCUAUAAACAAUUCUUUAAGUGCUGUUAAAAAAUGUUUGUAUGAAACUAAUUUAACUUCAAAUAACGUUCUUAAAAUGACAAUAACUGCACAAGUUUUGCCACUUUGUUUGUUUACAUUUUUGCUUAACUUUAAUAUUGUUUUUAUUGUUAACAAAAUUUGUCACCAGAAGCUUUGAUAUUUAUUAUUGUACCUUUAAAUCAAAACCCUUUUGUACAAUUGUUGAGUUUAUUUAUUUUUAAAUAAUGCUUGUUGUUUGAAGAUUUGACUAUUAAAUAUGUUUUGUAUUUUCGAAGAUUUAAUGUUUAUUGAAUGUUAAGAAUUACAUAGGAUUUAAUUUGCAAAGUGCCUAUUAUUACCAUGCAAGAGCCUAUUAUACCCCCAAUUUGGAGGUAACUUGACCAUACCUAAAUCACCAUGUAUGUCUGUCUGUCUGCCCAUCUGUCUGUCUUUUGACACAAACAUGUCCAUUAGGAUUCUUUUACUCUUUUCAACGCAGAAUAUUCCUUUUUGCAGGAACUGUUUGAAUUGUUUAAUAUGAUAUGGUAUUCUGCAUGUGCCAAUUUUAUUUCCCCAUGUUUAAAUUAUGAAAGUGAUGCCCCUUUUUCAUCUUUAACUUUCUUCAACUUAAUGUGUUUAAUACACUAAUAGCAUAUUAUAUUACUUCCAGUAGCAAAUUGAAGGAAGGUAUAAUGGAAUCACAAUGGCCAUGGAUGUCUUUCUCUCUAUAACUUUUCAUCAAAGACAUUGAAUACCACCAUGCUACAUCUAACAACAUGCAGGGUCAAGUCACCAUUCUUGGUCACUAUGGUGACAAUUUCUUGUUGGUAGCAGUUUGAACAAGUGCAAUUCAAUCAGCAAUUUUAUUAAGGUUUUUGUAUUUUUAAAACCAAUGUAAACCAUGAUCAUUCAGUAUAUAACAUGUAUUUGCACAUCUUUAAUGUUAUUGUUGUACCAUGUAUCAUUGCUUCUUAAUUUUGAAUUCAUUUGUUUACUUGUCCAUUUUAUGUACAGUAUACUGAACUAUGCCUUGUUAUUCUGUUGUUGAUCAUUAUACAUUAUUGUAUAUAUUAUAUAAACUUCAAAUCGUACUAAAGUAAAUGUGCAAACAAAAUAAAACGAAAAACUGCAAAA